CAGUUCUUGAACUUCUUCCGCAAUUCUUCCACCCCAAUUGGCAACCUCAGGAUUGAAUACUGGCGUGAAUAUAGCACGAACACUGACUCGGACUGUCCAAGAUGGAGCAUGCCUCCAAUCCACCGGAGUAUGACGGGAGACAUCCUCUGCUCUCCCUCAUCUCUGCCUUCUUCUGGGUGAUACUAUGGCUGUUAUCAUGGACAAAAGCUUUGAUAGCGUUUGCCACCAUCACUAUCCCCCGUUUCAUCUACUUCGCUCUGUCCUAUUCCAUGACAUUGACACUGAAUUUCUGGUCAUUUGCUAUCAUGUUUUGCGCUUCAGCAGCUGCCCUGAAUUAUUGGAUACGCUUUCGAUAUCUUAACACUUACUCCCGACUGAAGGAGCCACCCUUGGUGAAGCCUGACGUGAAUGCACUUCACCCAGAUGUGAAUACAACAGAGCCUCCGCCAGCAUUUCACAAUUACUUGGAUGAUUUUCUGCAAGCUGUCCGUGUCUUCGGAUUUCUCGAGAAGCCGGUAUUCCAUGAGUUGGCAAGGCAUCUUCAAACGAGACGUUUGAUUGCUGGGGAUAGUAUCUCUUUAGACCAGGACAGGAGCUUCUAUUGCGUCGUCGAUGGCGUGGUCCAGGUAUACGCUCGAACAGGCCAGAAUAAUUGCCAAAAUGGGUCAUGGGACGAGGAAGAUAUGAACGGAUACCAGCUUAUCAAUGAAGUUGGAAGCGGUGGAACCUUGUCUAGUUUAUUUAGCAUUCUCAGCUUGUUCACUGAGGACAUAAAGAUAAGCUGGCAAGAAGAAGGUCACCCCGACUCGGAUGCUCUUGAAAGAAAUUCUGCAAGUCAAGUAGGAGGACCACCUCGAUCGCGUACUGUCCGCGCGGAUUCGGACGUGUCUCGCCUUAACCUUGAUCACAUAUCGAUGGCUUCUCGGCGUUCUCGUGCAACAUCUAUCUCGUCGUCUGGUUCCACUGCUCAUCCUGCAGAUAUGACUUCCCCUCCCGUUGGUCCGACGUCCCCGUCUCACAUCAGAGACUCUUCGAGGUCGGCAACACAUCGUGCUUCCCACUCCCGAUCAGACUCUAGCCCUUCAACUCAGCUCCACCAUGGCAUCGUGGCCAGGGCAACAGAGGACAGCACAUUGGCCGUAAUCCCUGCAGAAGCAUUUCGCAGAGUCACGAAGAAGUUUCCGAAAGCAACCAGUCACAUAGUACAAGUAAUUCUGACGCGCUUUUCACGUGUUACGUUCAGUGCAGCACACAGAUAUUUGGGGCUAACGACAGAGGUCCUUCGAACUGAGAAGGCGAUUAAUGAGAUUGCAUGUCACCCUCUUCCGGCAUCAUUCUAUGAGGGUGGGGGCCUACAAUACCUACGACAACGUUUCGACGACGUCGCAAUUCAGGGGUCCGAAUCUGAAAGCGAUCACUUCGGUCUCGCCCCAUCUCCGAGUCUGGCCAGUGGCCAUACAUCUGCAGUUGUAUCGCGAGAAAGACUGACAGAUAGUCCGCUUGCUUUGCGCGGGCUCCCGAUUCGUACUCCUCGCAAUCAGGUACAGGCUGGAGACUUGCAUACCUCGACUGGGCAAGGAAGUGACGGGUAUAAACUUGCGCGUUCGUUCAGUAUCCUGGACACCCCUCGACUGCCGAAAAGUGACCCCUUCCAGACCCGUGUGGCUGGCGACGAGUUUGACCUGCGUGAGGAAGUCAUGUCAUGCAUCGCCAAGUCCAUUGGUCUACUCCAGCCACCCAUGAGUGGGAAUGAAUCCAUCGAGGAUUCACCAGCUCUCCCCCCUUCCGACCACCCGCGCUCCGCGAACGGCAUGUUUCCAUCUCCCUUUGGCUCCCUGUCGCUCUUGGAUACUGCGGAUGAUGGCGCUUCGAGUAUAACGGGGACAUCAACUAGUACCACGACCGGUUACAUGAGCGGUUUGGACAACGAAGUCGAGAUCCUCUUCUUCUCUGCGGGAUCAACGCUCGUGAAGGCCGGAGAACGGAAUACUGGUCUUUACUAUGUCGUUGAAGGUUUUCUGGAUAUUCUCCUACCCGCUGACGAGUCCCGGCCGAACAAUGCGCCCUAUGCGGCGAGAUCGACGAGCUCGGACACUGACUCACUUUACGCAUCCGAUCACAAACAAGAACCCGAGAAAGCUCAGAGCCGCAAGCUGUUGUUUACAGUGAAACCAGGAGGAAUUGCAGGUUAUCUCGCGUCUCUCUGCGGAACGCCUUCAUAUGUCGACAUUCAAGCUAAGACCGAUACGUACGUUGGAUUUCUACCCGCUCACUCUCUCGAACGUCUGGUGGAGAAACGACCUAUCGUGCAGCUUACAUUGGCAAAGCGUCUCCUUUCACUGCUGUCACCGCUAGUCCUGCAAAUCGACGCUUCUCUUGACUGGAUGCAAGUCAAUGCAGGUCAAGUUCUUUGGCGCCCUGAAGACAUCAGCGAUAGUUUCUAUAUUGUCAUUAAUGGACGACUACGAGCGAUUACCGAGGGGGAAGGUGGUAAAGUCGUAAUUACUGGCGAAUAUGGACAAGGCGAUACCGUUGGAGAAUUAGACGUCAUCACCAGUUCAGCUCGCAGAACUACGAUGCAUGCAAUCCGUGACUCUGAGCUGAUUAGAAUGCCGCAGACGCUUUUCAACGCCAUUUCUUCAAGAAAUCCUCAGACAACUGCACAGUUGCUGCGGACGAUCGCCUCUCGCGUACGUGACGAGAUGGAUGCGUCAACUGAUAUCCAGACACGCAAUACUGCAUUCGAACUGGGACGGAACAAUACUAACCUAAAGACUGUGGCCAUUCUCCCGGUCUCUCGCAAUGUUCCUAUAGACGCCUUUGCCCGGAAACUGAAGACUGCGUUGGAAGAGAUGGGCGCGAAGACCUCGUACCUGAAUCAAGCCUCUGUGUCGGGUCAUCUUGGACGUCACGCAUUCUCUCGUAUGGGCAAACUCAAGGCUGCAGCUUGGCUUGCAGACCAAGAGCAAAGAUAUAGAACAGUGCUUUAUGUCGCUGACUCGCCUGUCAACAGCCCCUGGACGCAGACUUGUAUCCGGCAAGCAGACUUUGUGAUGGUGGUUGGGAUGGGUGAUGAUCCGAGCAGUGGAGAAUACGAACGGUUGCUACUUUCAAUGAAGACCACAGCACGGAAAGAGCUUGUGCUACUCCAUCCCGAACGCUCUGUGACCCCUGGGUCGACACGCGAGUGGUUGAAAAAUCGACCUUGGGUGCACCAACAUAUUCACGUCGAGCUUCCGGGUAUUGCAGUUCCGAUCGUGAAAACCACCCAGAUACAGGACCCAGAUGUUGUUAUCGCGUUCAAGAAUCUAAAGGAUAGAGUGCAGAGUGGCAUUCAGAAAUACAGGGGGAGAUCUGGCAAUGCAAGACCACAACCACAUCCCAUGAUCAAUGAUUUCUCUCGUCUGGCCAGGAGAUUGUGUGCAAAGUCUGUCGGAGUUGUUCUCGGCGGUGGAGGGGCUCGUGGUAUCUCGCAUCUCGGCGUCUUGCGUGCGCUCGAGGAGCGUGGAAUUCCGAUCGACUACAUUGCAGGCACUAGUAUUGGCGCGUUUAUAGGCGGUCUUUACGCACGCGAGUGCGACAUCAUCAUGAGCACCAGUCGUGCCAAGCAGUUCAGCGGAAGAAUGGGGAAUAUUUGGAGGAUGCUUUCAGAUGUCACAUAUCCCAUUGUUGCUUAUACCACUGGACACGAGUUUAACAGAACUAUAUACAAAGCUUUCUACGAUCUUCACAUCGAAGACAUGUGGCUACCGUACUUCUGUAACACCACGAACAUCAACACAUCCCGUAUGGAGAUUCAUGAAAGUGGCUAUGCCUGGAGGUUCAUCCGUGCUUCCAUGACUCUGGUCGGACUUCUACCCCCAUUGUGUGACAAUGGUAGCAUGCUGGUUGACGGUGGAUAUAUUGAUAACCUACCCGUGUCAACAAUGUUCUCGAUGGGAGCAAGUGUUGUACUUGCUGCGGAUGUCGGUUCGAUUGACGACAAUUCCCCUCGAAACUUUGGGGACUCUGUUUCAGGGUGGUGGCUUGUAGUUAACCGAUGGAACCCCUUCUCGAGCGCUCGAAGCGUGCCUGCGAUCACCGAGAUCCAAAGUCGACUGGCCUACGUGUCAAGUGUGCGCACUCUAGAGGCAGCGAAAGUCGCACGGAACUGUCUAUACAUGCAGGUGCCGGUUCAGGAGUACGGCACUCUCCAAUUCAACAAGUUCGAUGAGAUCCGGAAGAAAGGGUAUCUUGCUGCCAUCGAGAUCCUUGACAAGUGGGAAGAGGAGGGGAAGCUGCCCGUUCCGAACAUCAACGGUUAUGGUGCAGAUAAGAACAAAGUUAGUAAGAAGGGGAGAAGCGCAAGACGCAAUUCAGUGUAG